CGUUUGCGUGACGUCAAUAGUCUGGUACUUCGUUUCCCCCGGCUGAAAUGCUAUUACACGGUUCCUAUGAGGCACUUCAAAGUGGUUUAUCAUGCGAAGCAAUGGUGGACUUUUCUGGGGGUGUCACUGAGAAUUAUCGAAUGACGUCACUCCCUGACAACUUCUUUACCAUCCUGUUAAAGGCGUAUGAGAGAAACUCGCUCCUGGGUUGCUUCAUUAAAGCGGACCCCAACGCGCGGGAGGCAAAGACACCGGCCGGCCUAAUCCGCGGCCAUGCCUACUCUGUGACGCGUGUCACUUACGUCACCUUCAAGAAGCGCGGCCGAGCCGACAAGAUACCACUAUUGCGGCUGAGGAACCCCUGGGGAGACGAGCACGAAUGGAACGGCGCCUGGAGCGACAAGUCUCCGGAAUGGCAAUUCAUACCGAAGUCAGAACGCGAGGAGUUGGGCUUGACUUUCAGCGAUGACGGCGAGUUCUGGAUGUCUUUCAAGGACUUCGUCAGUCAUUUUGAUAGGGUCCAAAUGUGUAACCUGAAUCCGAAUUCCUUCAAACUUGAGGAGUGCCCCAAAGGAUGUACAAAGAAAUGGGAGAUGUCUGUUUUUGAGGGCAAAUGGAUUAAAGAUAUUUCGGCUGGUGGUUGCCUACAGUAUCCCGAUACCUUUUGGAAGAACCCUCAUUACACCGUCACCUUGAAAGAUCCGGACGAAGAUGAUGAUAAGAACAAAUGUACCAUCAUCGUAGCUCUCAUGCAGAAGAACCGUCGCUCCCAAUUUCACCAGGGCCUGAACUUACUCGCGAUAGGAUUUGCAAUUUUCCGUCUCCCAGAUCAUGAAAAUGUUCCGUUACAAUGUAACUCCAUUAUGUACAAAAAUUGCGUGGGAAUUAUUGAAAAAUUUGCUUAUGAAAGAGAAGUCAGUCAGCGUUACCAAUUAGAACCGGGCUCCUAUGUAAUCGUGCCUUCAACCUACGAGCCAAAUUUAGAAGCAGAAUUCCUCUUGCGGGUGUUCUCUGAGAAGAGCAAUAACAUGACUGAAAACGACGAAGAUGUCUCUAUGAGCGAUCUUGACGACAGGGUAAAAAAAAUGUCACUCAAUCCUGAACCAGCGGAUCCAAUUCGUGACUUCUUCGACCGCUUGGCCGGUGCAGAUGGGGAGGUUGACUGGCAAGAGUUAAAGAAGAUUCUGGACUAUGCUAUGAGGGAGGAACUUCAAGGUGAAGGUUUCUCCGAGGAUGUCUGCAAGAGGAUGAUCGCGAUGCUGGAUAAGGAUGCUUCCGGAAGUCUCGGCUUCAAAGAGUUUAAAUCUCUGUGGAUUGAUCUGAGGCAGUGGCGGGCGGUGUUUCGCCUGUACGACACCGAGGGUCACGGCGCCAUCCCGCAGAAACACUUGCGCGACGCGCUGCACUCGGCCGGGUACACGGUCAACGCGCACGUGAUCAAUGUGCUCGCGCACAGACACGGGUCAAGGUAUGGGAUACAGUUCGUCGAGUUCAUAGUGUGCCUUGUGCGACUCAAAACCAAGAUCGGAGAGACAACAUUAAGAAACCUUUAAAAAAAAGUCUUCGGGUAACUACGCCAAAUAUCCCAUGACGAAUGACUGAAUCGCGCAGUAAUUUUUAUGCAGAAGAUAUUUUACAAGUGUAUGCUAAAACUUUAAUGUAACUUUAAAUAAGUACUUAUAGCCUAUUCCAAUGGAUGUAAAAAAAAAGAUAAACAAACCUUAAAUUUACGU